AUGUUUCCACCAGUUUGUUCCACUGUUUUGCGGGCCAUUGGGCUUUGGAGUUUGGCGGACCUCGCCUCAGAACGCCGUUGCCGGGAGCGCUUGGAGAAGAAGGUGGGAUCAAGCUCAUCUCCCAGGGUGCCUGCACCAGCUGUAGCAACCACUUGGUCCUUUCAGUCCUUCGAAUCGAAGCUCCGUCAAGCCCGUGCCGCCCCGGCCGCCCCGGCCCCGGCCGCCCCGGCCGCCUCCAGACGGUCGAGCAGAGCGGAGACGGACACCGUCGAGCCGGUCCGGCCGGUCUUGGCCGAAGCCCCUCUCGAAGAUCAGCGAGAACCGGCGCCGGCUGAAGCAGAACCACCUGCGUUGGAAGUGACGGCACGGCCGGCAGGAACGGAGCUUCCAGCGCCGCCCGAAGCCACAACGGCCGAGCCAACAGAGCAGCUACCAGAGUCAGCACCGGAGCUGGAGCCAGUUCCGGAGAAGGCGGAAGCAAGCGCAGCUGUUCUGGACAGAACUGGUGAAGGAGGCAGAGAAACUUCACAGGCAGAGGAGGAGCGGGCAACGCCACGUGGCUCCGAGGUGAACACCCCGACGUUUUGUCUUCUGUUCGCAAGGGAGGAGUGA